AUGGAGGUAACACCAUUUUUGCAGGCAUCUCCGUUCACUGAUCUUCCUCGAAAUGAUGUCGAACUUACACCAGAGAAGGUCAAGGAUGAAAAAGAGGGUGGUCCUACAUUUUACUGCCAGCUUUGUGAUGCAAAAGUAGUUUACAACAUAGCUCGAGCAUUCCUCCCAGGGUUAGCUACAGCUUGUGUCGACAGUACUACCGGUGACGUUUUCAAGGCCCCUGCUUCAGUAGCGGCUGAAAUUAGAAAAGAAAUGGUGGAGUAUCUAAUGCAAAGAAGUGAAACCUUUGUGGCCGAAUCUGUUGUCUUGGAUGAUGGUCUUGAGGUUGAAGCAUAUGACCAUCCUUAUGAUAUCAUUGCUUACUUGAUUAAUGAAUUUGCAAGUACAAAGAGGAAUUUGUUCAGUCGAGUUUCAGGAUGGUUACAAAGUGAUAACAGAGAAGACAAUAUAGAUGAUUUUGCACAAGAAAUGGAAAUUAAUGGAUUUUGGUCAAUAGACAACAGAGAAGAGAUUGCACAAACUUUGAUGAAGAAUGUUGACCUGAAGAAUGAAUUUCACUGUGACAUGAAAUUUUAUUCAGCAGAUGAACUUGAUCAACAUAUGCCAACUUGUAAAUAUAGACCAAGGACCUGCCAAAAUGAAGGGUGUCAUGCCAGAUUUUCAGCUAGUCAGAUGGAGAAGCAUGAUUCAGUGUGCGCUUUCAAAGUAAUUCCUUGUGAACAAAAGUGCCCAGCUAACCUCAUGCGACAUCACAUGGACAGACACUGCAUAACCACCUGCCCGAUGAAGCUUGUGAACUGCCCUUUUUAUUCAGCAGGUUGCAAAUCUCCAUUACCCCAAUGUAAAAGUGAAGAACAUUGUUUCUCAGACCUCCAUUCUCACCUGCUAUUCAUUCUUCAAGUCAUUCACAAGGAAGCAUCUGUAGAGGUUCUAAGAAAACGAGUGGAGCAGCUACAACAGAAUUAUUCUACGAAGUUAGCAAACAUCCGAGAUGUGAGAUCUCUAACAUACAAAGUCAAGGAUCUCGAUGCAAAGCUUGGGCCGUUGAAAGUUGGCGCAACAAACAAAGUUGAUGAAGCUGCAAAGACCAUAGCAAAUGUUGAAUUUCUGGAAGCUAGUGACACCAACAAGGUUACUGAAAAUGGUGCGGGAACCGAAAUCGGAGAUUUUGAAGCAAUUAAAGAUAUCAUGGAAGCUGCAAAAGCUGAAAUCAAGGAUUAUAAGGAGAAACUGCAGUCAUUAGAGAUUGCAUCAUUAAACAAAGUCGGUGAAGAAGCUUUAAAGAUCAAAGCCAUAGAUAUUGAAGCAAAGCCGCAAUCAUUAGCAAGCACUGCAACAAACGAAGAUAGUGAAGAAGCUCUAGAAACGGCAGCAAACCACUAUGAAGCAAGGCCUCCAUCAUUAGAAGUUACUCCUAAAAGCAGUUAGUGAAGCAACAAUGGAGGAAUCGGUUGAGGAUGCUGAAGGAAAGGUUUGGCCUUCGGAAGUUAGCACGAGAAAACUAGUGAAGAUGGUAUUGAGACUUCAAAAGCUAAUAUCAUUAAUAA